UUAAUAACAUCUCGCAUCUUCCGUCCUCGUGCAAACUUUAUGUUUAUCCGGAUCAACGGUAAUUCAAGAGAGAUAGAUAUAUUCAUCUGAGGCGAAGAAUUUUAAUAAGAAAAAGUUUCCUUAUGUGGAAUCCCUUUUGUGAAAGUAACUUUUGAAAAGAGCAAUAUCAACAGUAUGCCAAAUCGCGCAUGUUCAGUUGAUCAACGAACAGGCAGCACACGACAGCAGAGAAAGUGUUUUGCCUUUGUGAGCUCUUUAACAGUCAUCAGGAGCUGGUGAAACUGAUUGGUAGUCCUCACUGGCUGAUUGAUGCUAAUAUUAUCUAAUAAAUUUGUUAUACCUUCGCCAUUUAUCUAUUUGAAAUCAAUGUUUCUCCUCUUCAAAGAAAAUGUUUCUAUCAAUUGCACUAUGGUUACUCGGAGUAUUGUUGAUUCUCUGGGCAUUAUUAGACCCUGUCAUCAGAGUAUCAAGAGCUUUAUACGAAGUGAUUAUUCCAGUUAUCAAUCCAACACCAAUUGAUUUGAAGACAAAGUUUGGUGAAUGGGCAGUGGUGACUGGUUCAACCGAUGGAAUCGGCAAAGCUUACGCAAAGGAACUUGCUGGUCGUGGCAUCAAUUUAAUUCUCAUCAGCAGAACGCUUGAUAGGCUUGAAGAAACUAAGAAUGAAAUAUUGAAAAUUAAUUCGGAUAUUGAUAUCAAAAUUAUUCAAGCGGACUUUGCCAAAGGAAGAGGUGUUACGACUGAUAUUGAGCAAAAAUUAAAAAACAUUCCUGUAGGAAUACUAGUCAAUAAUGUGGGGAAGCAAUACACAUAUCCAAUGUAUGUUGGAGAAGUUCCUGAAGAUGAAUUAUGGGACAUAAUUAAUAUAAAUAUUGGAGCAGCUACACUGAUGACAAAAAUAGUUAUUCCAGGAAUGCAAAAACGACAAAAAGGAGCUAUUGUCAAUGUCUCCUCAGGUGCAGAAUUACAACCAUUACCUUUAAUGACUGUUUAUGCAGCUACGAAAAUUUAUUUGCGAAGUUUCUCUGAAGCUUUGAGAGCUGAAUACAAAAAAUUUGGAAUCACAGUUCAACACUUAACACCAUUAUUUGUCAAUACAAAAAUGAAUGCUUUUAGUAAUCGACUUCAGGUAUCAACUAUAGUUGUUCCCGAUGCAACGACUUAUGCAAGAAAUGCUGUUGCAACACUUGGCAAAGUUGAUAGUAGCGCCGGUUAUUGGGCACAUGGUAUCCAAACAUUUUUCACACUUAUUCCACCAGUUUGGAUAAGAACAAAAAUUGGUGAGAUAAUGAAUCAAACAUUUAGAAAGGAUUAUUUCAAACAAAAAAGCAUAUAAACAUGUAAAUACACGUAUAAUUAUAACUCAUAAUCCACAAUCAACGAAAUACCAGAGAUGAUAAAUAUCGAUUUCAUUAAAAUUAUUAAACUUUUUACAGCUGUACAUUUAUUACUUAAUUUAUCAUUAUUAAAUGAUGUAAAUGAAAAAAGGAACAUUCU